UACGGCGUGAGACCGACCUCGUCCUACACCCGAAAUAAAAACGACCGUCUGCGUAGCGUCAGUCAUGGUGAACCUUUAAAAGCUGUCUGUCUCGAAGCCUGGUUGGUGUGAGGAUGUUGUGUCGGCAAUAAUACAAGGUCGAGGAGGUUACAAUAUACAGACAGUUCUCGGAAAUCCGGCGAACUCAGAGCCGAGGGCUUUGGGGACAAGUUGGGGGAGGCACGUCUCAAAUACCUAGGUAUGUAAUGAUUCGAGUUGACCCGUCUGACCACCACAUUUCACGCAACUUAUUACUUGGGCGAGGGUGGAAUGCGCAGUCAUCAAUCCUCCCGUAUCCCGUCACGUCCUUCCAAAGUCACGUUCGACUCCUCCUCCUCCUCUCGGCUCUAUCCCCUGCUCGCGGUAAUUCUCUCAACACAGUAUGACCUCCAACAUGACAACACCAUUGUCAGGAAACGAGAAGCAGGAAACGGAGGGAAGGUGUUGUCAGGUUGCUUCGAGGUUGAUCGUCGGGUUAGGGUUUGGGUAAAGGUUGUUGUUAUUGACGACGUCCGCUGCUCGGCUUUUGAAACAUCCUUGCCUCCAUGGCAUGCGCAUCAAUUUAGGGCGGCGGAGACCUUGUUGGAAAGACGUCUGUCGCAAAAGGCGAGCGAUUCUUCAAGUGGUGCCGCGAUGGCCAUCGCCCUUCUUUACUCAGCAUCAUCACAUGAUUGCGCUAUCACCUCAAAUACAAAGAGUUGUGCAUGGUUAACAUCUGCAGGGCGCAUCGGGGACCUCGUCCAAUAUUGGACAUCGACGUUGUCUACUAUCGACGAUAGACAAUGGGUAUUCCGCACAACACAGGUACAGUAUCAUCAUAAAUUCCAACAACGUCUCAGACAUAUCCGACAACAAUGAAAACAAGAAGUGCAUCUGAACAAAUUCCCAUAUUCACUCGUCAA